AUGACGCGUCCGCUCGGGGGAGACGGCCGUCGCGUCCACCGUGGAUCGAUGCGGCCCGAUUCACGGCUCGUCGUCUUCGUCACGAUCGCGACGCUGACGCGCGUCGCCGGUCAGGCGCCUCCUCCUCCUCCAGCCUCGGGUGGGAACGUCACGGACCCCAACGCCCCGCCCGCGCCACCCGCGGCGCUGACCAUCGAGGAGAUGAAGACGCGCGCCGCCGAGAAGCUCAUCUCCGUCCCUCGGUUCACGAAGGGCGAGGAGCAGUGCUACUUCUUCCUCCGAUCCGACCCCUCGGUGCAGCCCAUGGCGGACCGUUUCUUUCUCCUGCCCCCCGGGCGGACGUGGGGCAACGUGCCGUUCAGCGUCUUCAACUUCACCGACGAGGAUUUCGGCACCGGCUUCGCGCCGACAGGCCCGGAGGAGCUCAUCGUGGAUUUCGAAGUGGUCUUCACUCCGAUCGGGUCCAAGGUGACCACCGAGGACCUGUACCUCACGGACGAGAAGGGCUCGGUCGAUUCGCGGAUGUUUCGAGUGCUGCCGUCGAUGCCGGGGGACCCAAACGAGGUGAGCAAGACGUCGACGCCCUACGCGCGGAUCGACAGGUCCUCCGCGGCGCACGCCGACGACGUUCUGACCACCAUGUCCACCGCGGGGAACGUCAGCGCGAUACUGAAGCCCGACCUUCCGGGUACCUACAUGGUCCUCGUCACCGUCCUGGAUUCGUGCAACGUCACCGCGCAAGCGGUGAGCAACGUGACGGCUUUUUGCGCGCACGAGCCCGUGCCGCGCGUGGGCAACGAGACGUCCGGGGUGAUGUACUGGCGACAGGCCGAGGCGAUGAAGCACGCGACGGAGACGCACGCCAUGGGCUGGUGGCCGCCGCUGCGUCUGGACGGAUCCGCGACGCUCCUCGCCGACGUUCGUGAGCAGUACUACUACGCCCAUAAACAAGCGGUGGACGCGUUGGUGUCGGCGACUGCGAUAUUCGACGGACCGACCCCGGGUGGACCGGGCGCGACGCAGGUGACGAUCGUGAACAACGGCGCACCCGCGCCUCCCGCGCCCCCGCCGCCGUCCGACAGCCCGUUGAGGUUCAGGGAGGAAUGGAAGCAGUGGACGAGCGCCCCCGCGUGGGACGCCCCGUUUAACCCGGCCGACGGGCUCGUGUACGGUUGGUCGCUCAAGGGUGCUCCGCACGGGAGCAACGCGUGGCGUCGGUACUUUCGGACCGGCAACGAGACCGAGUCGCCGAAACGUACAAACGCCGCGGGUUUCGCCUACCUCCACGCCGUCGCGCCCGAGGACGGCUUCCUCCCCGUCGUGGAGGAUCCCCGGAAUUUUCUCGCCACGUUUCAACCCGACGUCGUCGGCGCGUAUCAGUUCCAGCUCGACGUGAGCAACGUGUGCCACCAGCGGACGUUCAAGUUCGAGACGACGUUCGAGUGCAACGCCGCGCCGGUCCCUGGCGCGUUGACUUCUCCUAAAGACGUCGGUCUGUGCCUCGCGAGGCAGGAGAUUAAGAGCAACGCGAGCGACCCGGACGGCGAUGAAGUUUUCGUGCUGUGGAACCGGGCGUUUGGACCCCGGGGCAACGCCAGCGCCGUCUUUCCCGACGGCACCCCGACCGGCGCCAGGGACGCGAGCGCGGGAAUGUUCCUCUCGGAUCACACCGGCGACGUCACCGGCUUCAUGCCGGACGUGCCCGGCGAGUACAGCCUGCGAAUGACGGUGACGGACGGGUGCCUCGUGACGGCGGCGGGGGUGGACGUGGUCGUGGAAUGGUCCGCGGAAUGCGCCGACGCGGGAGCCACCGCGGCGAUGUUCCUGACCGUGCUUCCCGCGCUCGCGUGCGUCGUCUUCGUGGCGCUGAGCGUGUGGUACCUGAGACGGACGCCGUUGCAUCCGCUGUCGCCGCUCACGUUCCGCGCCGACGCGGCGAGGCUGCAGCGGUGGGAGGGUUUCAAGAUGCGGGUCAAGUUUGAGCGCCUGCGGGAGAGUUGGGAGCUGCGGGCGCACAGGGAAGCGCUCGCGAGGGCGUUGAAGGAGAAGAGGCGGAUGAAGAAGGGGAAGGCGAUCAAGGGCGACUCGAGGUACGGCAAGGCGAAGCGGCCGCUGCCGCCUCGCGUGGAAGACGCGUGGGGAGAGGAUCCGAAACAGCGGGGUUUACAAAGCGGGCACAACAAACAAAACGGCUCGGCGAUUGCCCCGGGCGGCGACGUUAAGACGACGAUACCCAACCCCACGGUCAGGUCGGCGCAGCGUAGGUUCGAGCGCGCCAUCGCGACUCUCGCGGGCGCCACCGAGAUCGACUCGCACCUCGUCCCGUCGAGCGUGCACGCGUGGCGAGUCGGCCUCGUCGUCGGCAUCGCCGCCGAGGGAAUCACGCUGUGCUCUCUCGCGUUUUUGCGCAACACCUGGUGGGCGCCCGCCGCGGGAAGGGUCGGUCGCGCGAUGGGGAUCAUCUUCGACGCCCCGGUCGCGUACGACCUGGCGUACGCCUCGGCGGCGCUCGUCGUCGUCGCGGUCGUCUCCUCCCAGAUGGCCAGGCCCGUGCGGGGACAGUCGCCGCCGUUUGCGCAACGAGCGAUCAUCGCGGCGCGCCGAAUCCUUUUCCACCGAAAGAAGCUCACCGCGCAGGAGCUCGCCAACGCCAACGCCGAUCGCCGCGCGAGAGGCGAACCCGAGAUUGACGUCUACGGUCGAGAGAUCAAGGGAACGGGUAAGAAGAAGGCGUCUUCGGACAAGUACGAGGUGGGUAAGUUACCCGGUGUUCAAAAGGCGGGUGGUAUAAAAGGUAAAGGCGGCGUGGCGACAGAUGCAAAGGGCAAGGGCGUUUUCGGCGCGGCGGACCCGCACAGGGGCCGACGCACGUGGAGCCGAUCGGUCGUUCGACACCUACCCUCUUGGGCGUGCUGCGUCGGCGGGUCGUGGAGCGCGACCGCCGCGCCGGGCGGCGCGGAGUCGCGUCGCAGGCUAGCCUCCGCCGCGGCGCAGCGAGAGGCGUCCGCGGUGCGCAGGGCUCUCGACGUCGCAGCCGCCGGGCCGUUCCGCGUCGUCGCCCGAAUCGUCCGCGAGUGCGCCCACUUCGUCGGCGAUUUCCACGUGCCCUUGCUGUGGCUGGCGUGCGAGCCGAUGUUCGUCCCCGCGGUGGCCGCGUCCGCCGCCAUGCUGACGUGUAACCACGCCGAUGCCAAAAGGCCGUUUCCGCACCUCGCCCGCGACGACGAGCUGCGAUGUUACGUCGGCCAACACGGGAACCUGAUGUUCGUGGGCGUUCUCACCGCGCUCGUACUCCCGUGCGUCGCGACGUGGUUCGGCGUUCGCGUCGCGCCGAGGCAAGACCUCAGCGCCAGGGAACUGCCGCACUUUGUCGCGCUACGCGUCGGCGCAAGAUGGUUCGCCGCCGUGUUUGCGGUGACGCAAGGAGAGAUUGACAUGACCCGCCGGACACCUCGGGGCGAGUACGGGAUACCCAGCACCCACCACGACGGGUGGAGUCCCACGACGCACUACGGGAAAGACUUCGCGCACCUCGUCGGCCUCGUGCUGACGUGUGCUGCUCUGUUUGCGUUGAACUACGCGUUUCAACCGGUGCGGGGGCGGGUCGGGUCGGCGAUUAAUGGCGGCCGCGGCGCCGCGUACGCGUGCGCGCUUUGGACCGCGCUGAUGGCGUACCGAACCACGUGCGACGCCGCCGCACCCGCGGACGGCGGGAUUCUGCCCGAUGCCGCCGCGAACGGGGCGCUGACGCUGCUGUUCCUCGGUUUAUUUCCCGCCGCGUACUGCGGCUGGGCGCUGACGCACGCCAGGGGUUUGCUCUUCGGGUUCCCCGACUUGAGCCCGAGGGAGAUGCGAAAGCACAAGGACCCGCGCGUUCGCGCCAUGGGGGUGCUGGUGGGCAACGCCACGGACGGUAUCGUGGGCGCGUUCGGGCACUGGGAGGGGCUUGAGCGGCAGGGCGAGCGGGAGAAGCAGGAUCGUAAGACGGGUAACACGCACCUCGUCACGAACGGCGUCAACUACACCCCGGGCGAGGGCCUCUCCGGACUCACGGAGGAGGCCGAGGACGACGUCGCGGAGGAUGCGCUGAUGUGGCAGCUCGUGUUGCAGUCGCACUUUGCGGGGUUUGGAGUGGACGUGGACGUGAGGGUGCACGCGUGCGAGGCUGUCGUCGCCCUCGCUAGGUCGGACGAUGGGGUUAUGUGCGCGCAGCGGUGCCAGCUGACGCCGCUGAUAAAACGCCUCCUCCUGGACCCCACCGACAGCGCGAUCCGGCUCAAGGCGGCCGAGGCGGUGCACGCGCUCGCCAAGAACUUUCGCGGGCAGGCGCUCCUGUGCCAGCGCGACAUCGAGUGUCACCUCGCGUGUAAGCGCCAGCGAAAGCGCGAGUGGUACGAGGCUCUCAUUUACCUCGAGCGAAGGUACCACCGAGUGGCGGCGGAUAUCGCGAGGAUCCAUUACAACAUCGGCCUCUGGCAGACGUACGCGAACAAGUUUUUGCCGCCCGAUCGGUUCAUGCCGCUGGUGGACUGGAACGUCCGCGCGUGGUUGGACGACGGUAAGGGCGGCAUGAUCGACGACAGCGUCUUGGAGGGCGACGAGGACGCGAAGAAGAAGGUGAAGAACCAGCAGUGGGAGCUGGUCAAAGAGGUCUUGUUCGGCAAGGUGGACGAGGAGAAGGCGCGGAAGCGGGACGCCGCCGAGCGCCGCAAGGAGCGCCGGCGUCGUAAAGCCGCGGAGAGGGCCAAACAGGAGGCUGAGAUGACCGUGCCGCAGUGCCUCGCGCAGCUGCUUCUGGACGACGACGAACACGUCGUGGAGAGAGCGGUGAAAGCCGUAGGCGCGAUGCUUCAGGGCCUUCGCGACGCCGGCGGUCGACGCCAACCGCAGGAGGCGGAGCGGCGCAUGCUGCUCAACGCGCGUAAGAUCGCCGGUCCGCUGUACCGACUCGCGGGGCUGUACAGCGCGAGGAAGCUCCCCGAACACGGAGAGGAUGAGGACGCCGCGUUGAAAAACACAUUCGAUAAAAAAGGCGCGACGUACUACGCCGCGGCUCAAAGGGACGAGCGACUCGCGACGGUGUCGGGCGACAGCAGGUCGUCCGGCGGUUCCGUGUCCAGCGCGGGAAGUGGGGACUCGCGAGGGUCGCGCGGGUCGUCGCGCGGGUCCGGCGCCGACGACGACGAGGACGACGACGAGGAAUGGGAGGAGGGCGUGAGGCGGCCGUCGCCUAUGGAUUUCGUUCUCGACGCCCCGGGCCUCAUCGAGAACCUGGUGAUGUGCACCGCGCACGAUUGUUCGCAGGUGCGAUCCGCCGCGCACGAGGUGCUGACCACGACGGCGCAGGAGGACACCGUCGCGACGCUCGCGUUCCGGGUGCUGGAUCUGCUGGAGACGGUGGGCGAUUGGCGCGGGCGGGUCAAAGCUAUCGAAUGGAUCAACCACCUCGUCGCCGGCAGGUUGAAGGAGCUCGCCGAGGCGGCGGUCCAGGCGAACCCCUCGAGCAGCAGGCGAAGCGCGGGCGGCAGCGCCGAGAACGCGCUGUACGCGCUGCAGGGCGGCGACGAGGAUCUCGCGCUCGGUCGCGAUUCCGUCGAUCUCGCCGCGGGCGUAGAGCACGCGCCCGGCGAGCUAGCCGGCGUCGGCACGAUGCUCUCGAGGCACGGCGUCGAGCGAAUCGCGGCGUGUCUGGACGACAGGGACGCCGCGCCGGUUCGCGUCGCGGCGCUUCAGCUUCUUCGUGUCGUGUGGGACACCCUCGCCGCGGACGCUAAGGGCCGCGGGCGCGCCGGCGAGGACGAUGACGCCUUAAACGACGACGACGUCGACGACAGCCGCCUGGCCGUAUUCGAACGCUGCGGCGUCGUCGCCAGGCUCGUCGCCCUCCGCGAAGACGACGACAAGGCCACCACCGUGUACGCCGAUCUGCUCGUGCAGAGGAUCCUUCAGACCGCGGGGCGCGCGGCGGUGGACGCGUUCGACGCCGCGAGCGACGCGCUGCACCCUAGCGAUCUGCACGAGCGGGUCGGCGAUUUGCUCGACGUCGCGCGAGAACGUUCCUCUCGAGGGGGCUCCGACGCGUUCGAUCCGAGUGGGCGCGGGUCGUCUCCCGCGCCGGAUACCCCCGGCCGGUCGGGAGGCGCGUGGUCCGCGCCGGGAUCGCCGGGGGGCACGCCGGGCUCCGGCCGCGGCGUCACCGACGUGGACACCCCUCGAUCCGGUUCCGGUUCUGGUCGUUCCGGCACCGAAAGAACCGGAGCCGGGACGAGAUCUCGCGAUCCCUCGGCGACCACACCCAACGCUAACGCCCUCGCGACCACAUCCGGCGGGUCCUCCUCCGGCAGGCACACCCCGCCGUCCCUCGGCGGCGACGCGGACGGGCGGAGCGACGCGUCCAACCGCUUGUUCGCCGCGCACCGAUGGGACGAGUACGUCCGCGAUAAGAACCCGCCCACGGUGCGAUACCGCCGCGGCGUUCGACCCAAGGAUCGAUUGCGAAGGCACAGGGCGGCGAUGUUCGACGCGGAGGAGGCGGCGAGGAGGGAACCCGGUCGAACCGCGAAGGACGGGCUGGGAAGAUGGGCGCCGUUCGUCGUGACGCGCGGGAAGUUGGUGGAGACUCGCGCUCAGAAGCUUUCGGCCGGGGACGGGGACGAGGACGGGGACGGGGACGGGGAUUGGGACGAAAAGUCGGCACCCGGGGACGGCGGCGGCGGCGUCGAGUUCAAAUCGCGGGUGGUUCGCGCGAGGUUGCCGGUCCGCGCCGCGCCGUUCGCGGGCGCGCCCGUCGCGCCAAUCCGCGCGACUAACGGCGAACCCUCGGGUCCCGGCCCUUCGGCCCCGCCCGUCCGCGGCACGGCUGGCGCGACCGAACGUAAACGCGCCGCGAUCGACCGGCCCACCUGGCGCGAGCGCACGUCCGAGUAUAUCCUCGCCGGGGGCGGCGCGCGCGGGGUGGGUGGCGCGCGGCGCGGCCCGCACGAACGCGGCGUGCUCCGCGACGGCCUCGUCGGGUGGGCUGGCCAGGCGAGCGGUCCCGUGCAGGGGCCGAACGACAUGUUCCCGCACGGAUCGAUCGCGGCGGCGUCGGCGUCGUUGUCGGACGGCGACGGCGGGUCGUUGUCCGGGUCGAUGUCGUCGCGGUCUCGGUCCGCGACGGGGCGGCGCUCGUUCGGGGCGCCGUCGUCGGGGCGGCGGAGGAGGGGCAUGUCGUUUUCGGACGUGGGCGAGGAGGAGGAGGCGGAGGAGGAUCCGCUCGCGGGGCUGGAGGGCCUGGAGGAUCCCAACGAGGUCAAGAAGAAGAAGAAGCGGUUCUUCGGUCUGUUCUGA